CUAGGUGUAUGGUGGAAUGGAAUUGAGAUUCAGCCCGUCAUUGUGGACCUGGUUCUAGCAGACCGUUCUAGUUAGCGCUAACCUAACUGUUAGUUCAUUCUGCAUUUUUAUUUAUAUUCAAGGUAUUACAGAGGAUGUUGGGCUGUAUCUGGGAAUACGUCUAUACAUCCUUUCUGCGCUUCUGUUUAAAGUGGUUUCUCAGACAAAUCACUGGAAAAUGUGAGCUACAGCGAAUCUGUGAUGCACAUGGUCCUGGAGCACAGAGGACAUCGCAGAUAGAAUUCUCCCUGAAAUCUUCAAAAAACAAGGUGUUAAGAGAUGCUGUGGAAGUAAAGGAAGAUGCCGUGGAUAACUUUGUGUUGCAAAUCAUGAAAGAAAAAAAUAUCCCAGAGCAAAAAGAUCCCAAGUUUAAGGUACAUCUUCAGCUGUGUCUCCUGCAAAUAAGCGGUUACAGCGCUCUCUUCACGGGGGUUGAAGAUCUUAGAAAAGAGGUGUAUGACUCAGACAAUGAAGACCAUGAGAAGAUGCUGCUUAAGUUGUGGGACUUGCUGAUGCCGUCAGUGAAGUUGGAAUCUCGAAUCACCAAGCAGUGGGGGGACAUCGGUUUUCAGGGCGAUGACCCAAAGACAGACUUCAGAGGGAUGGGCAUGCUUGGCCUGGUAAACCUCGUUUUUUUUAGUGAGAACUACACCCAAGAAGCACGGCAUGUCCUGUCCCACGCAAACCAUCCAAACCUGGGGUACUCUUAUGCCAUAGUGGGCAUUAACCUGACAGAGAUGGCCUACAGUUUAUUAAGGAGCGGCACUCUGAAGCCUCACUUCUACAACACAGUGGAGGGGAAACCAGAUCUGCACCAUUUCCACCAGCUCUACUGUUACCUGGUGUACGAGUUUGAUAAGUUCUGGGUGGAAGAGAAGCCUGCAAGUAUAAUGGAGUUUAACAUUUAUAGAGAGAAGUUCCACGACAAGAUGAAAGCCUACCUACAGGAUCCUGAGGUCACCCUGAUAUUAGAAGUGGACUCUAAAAACUGACCAGCAUUACAAAUAACUAAAGUUUUGAUUUAUGAAGUCUUUAAAAAUAUGACUGAAUUAUAGCUUUAUAAGCACUUUGUCUAUAUGCUUCCUAUUGUUGAAUAAGUAAGUUUUAUAUAAAAAAUGUUAAAUUAAACAACAGUUUAAAGAAAUCAGUAGGCCAGGAACCAUUUAGGUUUUCAGUUGUUUUGUUUAUAUAUGGUGAAGACCUCAGUUUUUAACUGUUUGUUAGGCAAAGAAGAAAAAUGUUCCAGAUUUGUUUACCGAUUGUGAAUCCAUUGCACACUGUUAUAUCAAGGAAAGCCAGAUAACCACACGCCCCAUUCAGUACGUGUCCAAUCUGCAGUCGCUUCUUUAUUAUUGGGUUCCCACACAGAGCCAUAUUGAGUGGACAUUACGCUAAGCUUCAUGUGACUCUUCCCUCAUUCACAUGGCACCUGGCCCAGAUCAGUAAAAUAAUAAAGUCGAUCAUAAAUUUGUUUUGUUAAUCUAAAGUUGCAUUAAAUCAUAUUGAAGAACUAAGAUGCCACAACAAGCGAUUUCACAGCUCACUUCUCACUGUGGUGUAUUUUUCAUCACAUUGUUUUGGUUCAAAUCUAAGGAUAAAUGAAACACUUCAGGUUUUUGAGGCAGCACUGCCUCAAUGUGACACUUCCCUCAUUCACACGGGCACCUGGGCCAGUCUCAGAGAUCGCAUAUGGCAGCAACAACAGGAGUCCCUGUCCAACCUUCUCACCCUCAGACACGGCCAAUUGUGUUUGUGUGAUUGCGUGGAUGUCCGGCCAGGUCGGUGACUCUGCUGAGAUUUGAAUGUGUGCUAGUGACUUGGACCUCUGUGCCACCCGUGUGCUCUUGAUAUGUAGAUUGAAAAGUAUCAUACUCCCAUUGGUCCAUAUAUUUUUACUGGUUUAAUGCACCUUAAUAUUCCAUCACUACUAAUAACCAACUAAUUAAUGCAAAUAAUUGUAUUGUUGGUCUUACAGUUAGAUUUAUUAAUGGUAGCGUAUUUAUAGCCUUAGUUUGUGGAAAAUCAAAACCUCAGCCUGUACAAACUUAUUGAAGUAUUUUCUGGCCUAGUGGGCUAGCUCUUUUUUUUGGUCCCCCAUAUAUUAAUAACAAUAAAAUGUUUGUUGGUUUCCUUUG